GAUCAUUCGUUUUUAGAGGAAAAUUGUAAUUUCUUUGACAAUAUGUUUACACCACCUGUCAGGAGCCCUCUUGCGUGUGUGUGUGCAACUUCUUGCUUUCCAUUCUCUUCAAGUCAGCAAAAGGCCAAACGAGAUGUAAAUUUUUGAUUAGUCUGCAGACAGACACAUGUAACAGUUAUAACUGCAAUGCUUAGAAGUGCCACAAGGCGGUGCCUACCUUUGUUAUUGUUGUGAUGCACUAGUGUGAAGACGCGCUGCAGCAGUGUUCUCUCCUCGGACCAUUGCCUGUAAAAUUAAUAUUAACAAUCUAUGCCUUGGACUCAGACUGACACAUCACGAGAGACUUCACUUAAGAGUUAGUGCAGGUUAUCCUAUAUGUUCUACUGCUCAUGUAUGAUAGGUAAAUAUAGCGCCGUGGAGACCUGGCAUUGUAUGGUCCAUGUUGUAGAAUAAAGCAUCAGUGUUGAAGCUCCGUUCAGUUGUCCGUGGACUCUUUGAGCUCAUCGACUAUCUCUGAGCUCCUCUGAGCUCACGUUAGCUAGCUCUCUCCACCUACACCAACAUACUCCACUUCAGUCCAGUUGGUGGCGUAUGCACCUCCAGUUGGUUUGCCAAGAAGAAGACGAAGAAGAAGACAACAACAAAAAUAACAUGGGUGCUAGUUUUGAAGAGAAAUUGUGCGAAGAGGUCCGCCGUUACCCACAUUUAUAUGAUAGGUCUGUUAAGGAGUACAACGACAGAAAAAUCUCCUUAAACUCCUGGCGACAAAUCGCUCAAACUCUUGGGAAAAGUGAAACAGCCUGCCGUCAAAAGUGGAAAAGUCUGCGAGACAGAUAUGUAAAGGCCAAGACAAGGCGGAAAGGCGGGAGCAGCAAAACCGGCCGGAGGGCCUACAUUAUCUCCAUGUUAGACUGGCUCUCUGGCUUCAUCAAGCAUCGUUCCACGGAGGAGACGCGGUCACGGACCCUUAACUGUAGUAUGGCUGUCACCGCGUGCACGAAACCCGCACAAGUACGCAGCUGUCCGUGGAACGCGGAAAAUCCUCAUCUCCCUCUGUCAUCCGUGCGCCUCCUGGUUCCUCCUCUGAGGUUGAUGUCAGCCUGUAUGUGGCAGGUGGCCCAGGAGCGGAAUGUAGACCAGUAUGACAAACUGGCCGAAUUCAUCAUCUUGGUGACAGAGAUGGUCCCAGAGCUUCUGGACUACAAACAGAAGACUCAGCUGAUCCUGGGACUGAGCGCUCGGCUCAUCCUUGAGUUAUUAAAGACGAUGGAUGAGGUUGACUGUAAAGCUAUCCAGGAUCAUCUUAACAGUUUCCAACAGACAACAAACCUCAUUCAUGAAGAGGACCCAGAUGGAGAGGUGGAGACUUCAAAGUCAGCAUUUGUGGAGCUGGUUCAAACAUUGCUUGAAGACCAAUCUGAAAAAGAGAAUUUUUUCAAGGAGGUCUUCCCAGUACAGUAUGGAGCUUGUUUUGAUAAAACGCUGCAGAUUCAGGUGUGGGAGUUCUUCCACCGACUGGAAGAGUUCCUCCCAGUUCCACGUUUUUCACAGGUGUGCUCCAUGUUUGACAUUUCUUCCCUUGACGAGGAGUUUGAGCAGUUUCUCUCCGACCCUGAGGAUCUGAAGAGGAUUUUGCAGCACCAACAGGAGCGACAAAAGUUGACUAAAAGUGAAUUCACCAUGUCAGACACCAUCCUCUCCACGCUCGCCUCUAAACAGACUUCACCGACAUCUGAAGAUCAGGAUCAAAUAAUGGAUCAGGGAGAGGGCAAACAAGGCACUGGGAAAUCACAGGGAAGAAAUCGAGAGAAGUCAGUACAGACGACAGUUAAGCAAGAAAACAGAUGGAGAGCAGAAGAUCUUUGUGAGGAUGAUGAAGAGACUGACAACAGUUCCAUUGAACCAAACUGUGGGCUGCCUGAGUACGGACUGUCACCCCUCACUUCCUCUCCAUGUUCAGAAGCUGCAGAGCCAGGUGAUGGUGAGACAGCUGUUGAAGCCACCACCCAGACACCCAGAUGUUCAGUGGAUAAAGUAAAGGAACGUCUGGAUCGGAGGAGAAACAAGAAGCCAUCAGAAGAGAGCAGGAUCCAGUUCUUGACAGGAGGCAAUGAAAACACACUGGAGUGUGGCAAGACUCUUGCAUCUCCUUCCACCUUGAAACAACAUCCCCUUGUUCACACUUCUGCACGACAUAAGUGCACUCAGUGUAACAAGACAUACAAAUGGCGACAUCAUCUGAAAGACCAUUUACUCACUCACUCUAGAUGGACAGUCCGGUCCUUUGCUUGCAGCCUUUGUGAGAAGAGAUUUAGUUCUCAAUCUUUACUUAACGUUCAUUUGCGUCGUCACAGUGGAGAGAGGCCAUUUGCCUGCUCGUACUGCGACAAGCGGUUCUUGACAAAGCCAGUUUUGAAGUCCCAUGUGCGCAUUCACACCGGUGAGCGGCCGUAUGCCUGUACUUUUUGUGAAAAGAGAUUCACACAGUCGUAUCCGCUGGCUGUUCACCUCAGGAUGCAUAAGAAAGAGAAGCCGUAUCUGUGCAGCACAUGUGGUAUGUCCUUUUGUAGCUCUGGGGCCUUGCUGGUCCACACACGCAUGCACACAGGGGAGCGGCCUAGUCAGUGUGACAUCUGUGGAAAAGGUUUUGCCACCGCUAUUCAUUUGACACAACAUCGGCGAACUCACACAGGAGAGAGGCCGUAUUCUUGCUCACAAUGUGACAAAUCGUUCCACUGUCAAUCAGGACUGAAGAGACACAUGAGGACACACACGGGAUAUAAACCUUACCAGUGUUUAACAUGUCACAAGACUUUUUCUCAAAAAUCCAACAUGAGGAUACACCUCAAGGUCCAUAAGAUCAUCUAGCAUACUGUUGUGAUUUUUAGAGUUCAUCUGUAGUGAUAAAGAAAAGCCUGGUUUAUUUUACGCCAGGAUGUGCUGUUUUGAUGCAUUUUCAUGUCAGUAAAUCACCAACAUGUAUGUAUUUAUGUUAAUAUGGACAAAAUAUUACACAUUUGGUAUAAUGUGUAAAUAAUUGGGUAUUCACCCCUCCCACUAAUGCACAGAGAUCAUCCGGGGUAGGUGGUCAGUAGUAACAGAGUGAACCAAAGUCUGAUAAACCCACAUCUGCAGGAUCAACUGGGACUCUGUGGAGAACCAACUUUCCAUUAGUGAGGUCCAUCAAAGUAUUUCUACUUGGCCCUGUCUUCAGACUUUUGUGAUAGAACUGAGGGACUAUUCUCUCCACUUAAAAUGACAAGAAUUGCGUUUAAUUUCAUCAGCAGAAUUUAAGAGACAAGGCUUAUAUGACAAGGAGCCUUGAAACUUUUCUGCAGUUGAAGGUCCUUGCUAUUAAAGACACUUCUUAUCCUGUGUUCAGCCAAACAUACUUAAAACUAUCAAAAGUACAUGUACUGGUUAUUCAAAAGGGGCCUUUUCAAAGUGUACUGCAAAUAAAUAUUUCUACAGUAUUUGUCAUAAAAUCAAGAUCAUAUGUUUUUAGAGGAAAAUUGUAAUUUCUUUGCUUUCCAUUCUCUUCAAGUCAGCAAAAGGCCAAACGAGAUGUUAACUUUUGAUUAGUCUGCAGAUAGACACAUGUAACACAGUUAUAACUGCAAUGCUUAGAAGUGCCACAAGGCGGUGCCUACCUUUGUUAUUGUUGUGAUGCACUAGUGUGAAGACACGCGCUGCAGCAGUGUUCUCUCCUCGGACCAUUGCCUGUAAAAUUAAUAUUAACAAUCUAUGCCUUGGACUCAGACUGACACAAUCACGAGAGACUUCACUUAAGAGUUAGUGCAGGUUAUCCUAUAUGUUCUACUGCUCAUGUAUGAUAGGUAAAUAUAGCGCCGUGGAGACCUGGCAUUGUAUGGUCCAUGUUGUAGAAUAAAGCAUCAGUGUUGAAGCUC